GGCGAAGCUAGACGUUUUGAGUUUGGAAUGUCUCGACGGCUCCGCCCUCGGCGAGGUUCACGGCGGAAUACCUCUGGAAGCAGAUGCGGAGUAAGGUCCACAGUGGUAUUCUUAAGAGUCGCGAUGGUCUUCUCUCAAUCAACGUCAACCUGUCUUCAUCAAACAUCAAGCUUGAAUAACAAGAAAAAAGAUGUCUCAAACCGUCCUCACUCGCCAGGUGCCCGCCGUUGCAGCCUUGCAAAAGGUGCAGGAGGCAAUCCAGAACCCGGGCGCUCCGGUCCCGAUUCCCAAGCCCUCUUCAGACCCCGAGCAACUCAAGAUUGAUGGUGAUUCCUUCACGUUGGACUCCUUCACCAGCGAGGACACCUUUAUUCUGGGCAACCUACUCUACGCUCGUCUCCUCCCCUUUGCCAAGAAGACGCCGGCGCUGAUUUCCAUUGCCCUGGCCAACAGCUCACAAGUCGUCUUCCAAACGGUGACCGGCCCCGGUGUGGUUCCCGACAACGAGCGCUGGGUGAGCCGAAAGCGGAAUACAGUUCUCCGAUUCGGAAACAGCAGCUGGUACAUGCACUGCAAGUUUGAUGGCGAUGAGGCUCUGUUCAGCUCCAAGUUCGCCAUCGGCGACGAGCAGAAAUGCAACUAUGCGAUCCACGGUGGCGCGAUUCCCAUCCGCGUCAAGGGUGUUGAGGGAAUUGUGGCGACGGUCAUCGUGAGUGGACUGAAGCAGGACGAGGACCACGGAGUAAUUGUGGAUGUCAUCAAGGAGCACUGGAAAUAGUCGCGAUUAAAAAACAAGCUAGCACGCGUAAUUACAGUAACUAAUAAUACCAGCAAUCCAGUUUUUGGAGACUGCAAAAACGCCCAGACGCAACUGAAUGCACUCGCAUGGCGUCAAUGCAUGGCAUGACGGCGACGGGAGCUUUUACCCAAAAUGGAAUGCUCCGACUGUGGGACUGGCAGCAUGAAGAUG